UGUAUUCUGUUGGAACACCCGAGUAUCUCUGUUAUGCUCACUAAGAUUAGGUUCCCUCAGAGACAUACCAAGUCCGAAUAAAUGAAGAAUUUUGGUUAAUCUGAGAGUUGAGAGUUGAAAGUAACGUUAGACAUCUUAAAGAGAAAAAGAAAAGAAGAAGAAUAGAUGCUUGAACGCGUAAAAACUUAAAUCAUAGUAUAAUAAAGUAGUAUAAUGAUUCGAUUUUUUUUUUCUUUUUAUAAUGUGAAAAAUGUGUGCCCAGUUGUUGCAGCAAGUAUGAUUGGUAGCCGGGAGUGGUAGAGUUGCGCGUGGUACGUGUUUUUUCUUCAUUAAUUUAAAAUUAAUUUUAUAAAUAUUCUUUUUGGGAUUCAGAGACUCCACUCUCCUCUGUCUCUGCAUUGAUUUGUGAUGAGUCAGGGAAGCAGGGAGCUUGAUGUUGAUUGUCAAAUUCUGGCUUGAAAUCAAAAGUUUUUCAAACGCCAUGCCAGUGUAACUUUUCUCAUAUAAGAGUGGUUUUGAAGAGAUGACUUAAAGGCUCUACGCCGGGUUCAUUACGAGCAGAAAAAUGAGUGAUGCAGAAGUUCAAUUUUAUCCCGCAGGAACAACGAAGAAAUCAGAUAGCCAAAAAAUUUAUCACGGUAGAGAUCCCAAUCAUGGAAGUAACUUUUGGACAGACGGGCUUAUUUGUGCUUUUGAAUAUGUUCGAGGACAAAACAGAUCAGCUAAAUGGAGGUCCUCAGAGAGACUACAGGUUAAUGGGCAACAACAUUCAAAGAUGCAAGCUCCUUCUGAUGGUUUAAAGGAGGCUUCUUCUUUGAGACCGGAUAAGUCAGAUCUUUCGUCUGUAAAUGUCUCACGGGACACUUUGUUUGGUGCCUCUGAUGAUGACAAGGAGAGCCAGAGUCGUCAGGCUGGGCAGUCUAGAAAGUAUGAUGGUGGUCAUUGGGUACCCAUUGGAUGGGCAAGAAUUUCUGAACUCGUCCAAACAGUUCAGGUUGAUGCUGUAUGGUCUUCUCAUCAAUUUGAGUUUGAGGAUUCUGAAGAUGAUUUUACUGUAGCAGAUUUGGCGGCUCCGUACUGGGAGCGUCCGGCUGGGCCUAUUUGGUGGGGCCAUGUUUCUGCUGGUCACCCCACUGUUGAGGCUUGGCUCAACAAUGCUCAAUGGCUACAUCCUGCUGUUAGUCUAGCUUUGAGAGACGAAAGUAGACUUAUAAGUGACCGGAUGAAACACCUUUUCUAUGAGGUCCCAGUCAGAGUUGCGGGAGGGCUGUUAUUUGAGCUCUUGGGACAAUCAGCUGGUGAUCCUUUUGUUGAAGAAGAUGACAUUCCUAUUGUUCUUAGGUCUUGGCAAGCACAGAACUUCCUUGUAACUGUAAUGCAUGUAAAAGGAUCUGUGUCAAGGAUAAAUGCUUUAGGUAUAACAGAAGUUCAGGAGCUUCUCUCAGCUGGAGGGUAUAAUGUGCCGAGAACAGUGCAUGAAGUUAUAGCACAUCUUGCUUGUCGCCUCUCUCGAUGGGAUGAUAGGUUAUUCCGUAAAUCUAUAUUUGGGGCGGCAGAUGAGAUUGAAUUGAAGUUUAUGAACAGGAGAAACCAAGAAGAUUUGAAUCUUUUCAUCUUAAUCUUAAAUCAAGAAAUCAGAAAGUUAUCAACACAGGUUAUCAGAGUGAAGUGGUCACUGCAUGCAAGAGAAGAAAUCGUCUUUGAGCUUCUCCAACAUCUGAAAGGAAAUGGAGCAAGAAGCCUGCUAGAGGGAAUAAAAAAGAGCACAAGAGAAAUGAUCGAGGAGCAAGAAGCAGUUCGCGGCCGUCUUUUUACCAUUCAAGAUGUCAUGCAGAGCACUGUUCGAGCUUGGUUACAGGAUAAAAGCCUUCGGGUAACCCAUAAUUUAGCCGUAUUUGGUGGUGUUGGUGUGGUCCUCACUAUCGUUACUGGGUUAUUUGGGAUCAACGUUGAUGGGAUACCUGGGGCAGAAAAUACACCAUAUGCAUUUGGUGUUUUUACAGCCAUCCUUGUCUUCCUUGGAGUAGUGCUGAUUGCCGUUGGCAUGGUUUACCUUGGGCUGAAAAACCCUGUUGCUGAAGAACAGGUUGAAGUUAGGAAGCUUGAGCUGCAAGAAUUGGUGAAGAUGUUUCAGCAUGAAGCAGAAACUCACGCCCAAGUCAGGAAAAACAUUUCUCCCAAAAACUUACCCCCUACAGCUGGUGAUGCUUUCCGUAGUGGUGCGGAUUAUCUUGUCAUACAAUAGAGACACUAAUACUAUAAUUGUCCAAGGAUUGCUCAACAUCAAUCACUUUUGGUAUUAAAGGCUGUUUCAAGUUUGAAUUAAAGCAUGAAUGAAAAAGCAUUUCUCUUUACUUAUUCACAUGCUUUGGUGAGUGUGAAGGAAUCCUCAACCGUUGCCGGACAUUGGUGGGUCUCAGUCUCAAACAAAGCCAAAACUCUUGUAGCCUUUGAUCUAUGAGUUCUUCAAUGAAUGUAUUAGAAGUAUAUGAAUUGAAUAUUUGUACACCUCAUUGGUGGGUGCCAAUUUAAUGUACAUAUUAGAGGAAUUUCUCUAUAAAUAUCAAAGUGAAAGAUGUGAUUCUAGCGA